AUGACUUCGCGGGCGCAAAAAAUUCUAGACCUUCUUCCACAAGGGACGAAGAUACCAGAAUUGACUCGAAAGCAAUACUGCAAUUUGGUUCCUAAUAGCAAUAUUUUAUCGCAAAUUUCACAAAAUGAUACUACCCCGAAUACAGAUGAAGUCAAUAAUUAUCCUGUUAAUGAAAACGUCCUAGUGGCAACUAGCUCUGAUGUAAUUGAAUCAGAAACACAGGUGUUGGAAGAAAUGCCCACUAUCACAACUUUAAAGCCAGUAGUUGACACAUUUGACAUAGAACUCAUGCCCAUGGUACUAGUUGAUGAUUAUUCUCAAAUUCUGGAUAUUGGAAUAGAUAAUGUUAGUUUGAAUCUUCCAGAAGCUGAUGAAGAAAUUGAUUGUACUGUUGAUGAUACUAUGUAUCUACAACCCAGUACAAGUGCUGAUAUCACUUAUUGUGAAACUAAUACUAUCGAUGAUCGGCCUGAGAGCCCACCCAUUUCUGAUCGUGAUGUCGAUUAUUCCCCUGGUAGUGAGCACGAGAGCGGAAGUGAUGAUUCUCGAAAUGAUGCUGAGAUGGAAACCAAUAGCACUGAGGAAGAUGUUGUCUCUGACGUCAACGGAACCUCCUACAUCAAAACACCCUGGAUGGUGUCACCAGGACAGGGCAACUUCAACAUCCUCAGGGGACGCCUGGAACUUGUAUCAGGGACACCUUCACUGGGACAAUGUUUCACCCCAAAGGGAGAAUCUAACUCGAGGAGCCUCUCGGAAUCAAGGAACACCUCGGAGCUGAUGAGAAAUUCCGAGACCAGGCCGAAAGUCAGCAGGUGGUCCGUGGUAGAGCAGUCGAAAAUAGGCAGGCAGAAUCCAGUUUCCAAGCAGUGUUACUAUACUGGGUUGCAAUUGAAGGCCUACAGAAGCUUACUGGCUUACAAAUACUACGAAUCAGGUUUUGUUAUCCAGGUAUUAGCAAAACGAAAUAAUGAUGAGACAUUUGUUUCACGUGGAAAGGCCCGUCAUUCUCAACGGAGCAAUGAAAAGCCUCUUCAAGUGUGGAUAAUCAUCCUCAAAGAUAGCAGUAUUUCAAAUGCUCAAUGUACUCGCAUGGCUGGUUUGGGAGAAGUUUGUAGCCAUGUAGCAGCAGUAUUGUUUCAUUUACAUGCUCGUCCUGAACAAAAUAUGGCUUGUACUGAACAAUUAGCUACAUGA